GCGCCGCGCGGGGGCUGCCAUCUUGUGGCAUGCGGGGGGCCGUCAGGGUGCGGCGCGAUGGCAGCCGCUGCCAGCCGUUACCUGCAGGGCUGCGGCUCCAGCCACGCGGGGCCUUUCAGCGCCGUGGCCGAGCUGCUCGACAGUGCUUCAGAUCCCGGUGUGACAGCUAAGCUUCUCUGCAUUGAUGUUGUGAAGCUCAAGGGUCACCUUUGUUUAACUUUUACGGAUAACGGGGCAGGAAUGACUCCUCACAAGCUCCACCACGUGCUCAGCUUUGGUUCUACAGAGAAGACUGAGAAGAGAGACCACCCAACCUCUGGAUUGAAUGGAAAUGGCUUCCAGUCUGGCUCCAUGCGGCUGGGGAAGGAUGCCAUUGUGUUCACCAAGAAUGGAGGCGCUCUCAGCGUGGGGCUCUUUUCCCAGACCUACCUGGAACUUGUACACGCUGAGGAAGUGAUCGUCCCGCUGGUGCCGUUCAGCCAACAGAACAAGAAAAUAAUUGUUACUGAAGACUCUCUGCUCAGCCUGGAGGCCAUCCUGGAGCAUACCCUGUUCAACACUCGUGAGGAGCUGCUGGCACAGUUCGAUGACAUUCCAGGCAAAAAGGGCACGCGCGUCCUCAUCUGGAACAUUCACAGAAAUAAAGAUGGGAAGCCGGAGCUGGAUUUUGAUACAGAUAAGCAUGAUAUUCGCUUAGCUGACUUCCUUGCAGACGGUGCAGAGAUUCCAAGGAGAAAGGGGCUGCGCUGUCAGGAGGAGGUUCAAGAGUUUCCUGCCCCGGAAAUGGAGUACUCGUUACGGGCAUACUGCAGUAUCUUGUACCUGAAGCCUUGUAUGCAGAUCAUCCUGCGGCAGAAGAAGGUGAACGCUCAGCUGAUCACCAAAAGCUUGGCGAACACUGAACACGAUCUAUACAAGCCGAGAUUCUCUAGCGAAAGGGUGAAGAUCACCUUUGGAUUCAACUGCAAGAACAAAAACCACUAUGGGAUCAUGAUGUACCACAAGAACCGGCUCAUCAGAUCUUAUGAGAAGGUGGGCUGCCAAAAGAAGGGGGAAGGUGUAGGUGUGAUUGGGGUAAUUGAAUGCAACUUCUUGAAACCAACACACAACAAACAGGACUUUGAAGAAAGCAAGGAGUACCGACGGAUGAUCUCUGUGCUGGGACAGAAACUCAACAACUAUUGGAAAGCAAAGAUGCAACAGAUGAACUUGGGAAACGUGGAUGCAGCUUGUGUAAUAGCAGACAGACCAGACCAGAUAUGGGUACAAUGUGAAGAGUGUCUGAAGUGGAGGAAGCUCCCUGACAGAACUGACCUUACAUCGUUUCCAGAAAAGUGGUUUUGUCAUCUCCAUCCCCUCCACAAAUACAGAAGCUGUUUGGUGCCCGAGGAACUGGAACACAGUGAUGAGAACAGCCCCAGAUACAGGCAGAAAUGCAGGAAGCGGGAGCAGAGUGGAGAGGAAAAGAGAAGGUCAUCAUUGUCUGAGGAGAGUGUGGAACAGCAGGUGUCACCCCCUGCAUCAGUGUCAUUGCCUGCUAAAACCAGCAGUUUCACCUGCGCCGGGAAGCUGGAGCCUGGGGAAAAGGACGCUCACGGGACUGAUGCCUUUUCCCUUCCUCUCAAAAAGAUAACCGCAGUCCAGGGAGAAGAUGGACCUCGGGAGCGAGACAGCUGCUUAACAGCAGGCAAAUCCAAGUUGACCAAAAAAGAAGAAAUACUGGAGAAGUCUGAGAACAUAGUGGUGGUUUCACCCCCAGACCUGACUUCUCCUAGCCCCCGUUCUUCCUCUCUUCAGAAGAGCUUUGUGUUACCUUACCGAGAAAGGGAAAGCCUUUUGUGCAGAAAACAGGAGGAUGUGAAUGUAGGUGGCAGCUUGCACACUUGUGUGCUUGAAGAGCAGCUGGGCACCAGCCUUGCUAACAGUGUGUCACGCUGGGAGCGAUGCUGCCUUGAGGCAUUGCCCAGUAGCUCAGCAGAAGGUAAGAAGAAGACUGACGUGAUCCAAAGGGGGCAGAAAGAGCAAAUGCCAAAAUUGAAAGCGAAAAGACGGUCUGCAGACAUGAGUGUUUGUGUCAAUGCAUGCAGGAGCGCAAAGGGCGUAGACAAGAAACCUUUUGUGCCAGUUGUCAGUGUUUUGAAGGCUGCUACGGGUGGUGGAGCUCCCAUUCAGCUCUGCCCUUUUGGAUGGAAGCAGAGACUUCACAAAUUAAAGGUGGAGAAAGCCCCACACCUCAGUGAUGGAGACAGAGGAGGAGAAGAAUUGCAGGUCCUCAACACCCAGGAGCAGGAGGGUAUAACAGAGCAGGAGGAUGUGAGAAGAGCAGCGGAGAACACCUCUGUGGAACUGAAGAACAUUUCUGCGGAGAGGGAUUUGCUUCGGUGCAAGGUGGAGGAAAUUGAGCGUGAGAAGUGUUGCCUGAAAACAGAAUUAUUGAAAAGCCAACAGGAACUGGCAACGCUCAGACCUCAGAAGGUGGAAGGCUUGUACUGGGGCGAAAAACACACGGGUUACUGCCAAGCUGAGCUGCAGGAGCUGAAAGCAAAGCUGGCGAAGUCCACAGAGGAGAAGGCUGAACUGAUGGAGAGACUCAAGGAUACAGAGAGGCACUUAGAGGCGCUCAGGGAGGCACAGGUUUCCUGCAGGGGCCCAGAGAAAGACGAUGUGAAGAGUGUUACGGAGAGACUUAAGAACCUGCGUAGGAACGUGAGCUGGCUCCUCUCGCUCAUCCUCCCCCACUUGGAGCUCCGGGAUAUUGACUUUGAGUCAGAUCAGGUGGAUGAGAUCUUGCAGACCAUACUGGAGGCAAACCGCACGCAGGAGUAGCCAUCUCUCUGCUGCCGCUGGGCCUUUCGUACAUCAUCAAUAAACCCCUGGUUUCU